CAAAAAAAGUCUAUACUUUGUAAAGCCACAUUUUGCAGCAAUUACAGCUGCAAUUCUGUUGGGGUAUGUCUCUAUAAGCUUGGCACAUCUAGCCACUGGGCUCUUUGCCCAUUCUUCAAGGCAAAACUGUUCCAGCUCCUUCAAGUUGAAUGGGUUCUGCUGGUGUACAGCAAUCUGUAAGUCAUACCACAGAUUCUUAAUUGGAUUGAGGUCUGGGCUUUGACUAGGCCAUUCCAAGACAUUUACAGUGGGGUAAAAAAAAGUAUUUAGUCAGCCAUGGUGGAAAAUAAGUAUUUGGUCACUUACAAAAUAGCAAGAUUUCUGGCUCUCACAGACCUGUAACUUAUUCUUUAAGAUGCUCCUCUGUCCUCCACUCGUUGCCUGUAUUAAUCAACCUCAAACAGUAACACUCCAAACUCCACUAUGGCCAAGACCAAAGAGCUGUCAAAGGACACCAGAAACAAAAUUGUAGACCUGCACCAGGCUGGGAAGACUGAAUCUGCAAUAGGUAAGCAGCUUGGUUUGAAAAAACAACAACUGUGGGAGCAAUUAUUAGGAAAUGGAAGACAUACAAGACCACUGAUAAUCUCCCUCGAUCUGGGGCUCCACGCAAGAUCUCACCCCGUGGGGUCAAAAUGAUCACAAGAACGGUGAGCAAAAAUCCCAGAACCACACGGGGGGACCUAGUGAAUUACCUGCAGAGAGCUGUGACCAAAGUAACAAAGCCUACCAUCAGCAAGGGCAUUGAAGAUGAAACGUGGCUGGGUCUUUCAGCAUGACAAUGAUACCAAACACACCGCACGGGCAAUGAAGGAAUGGCUUCGUAAGAAGCAUUUCAAGGUCCUGGAGUGGCCUAGCCAGUCUCCAGAUCUCAACCCCAUAGAAAAUCUUUGGAGGGAGUUGAAAGUCCGUGUUGCCCCGAAACAGCCCCAAAUAUCACUGCUCUAGAGGAGAUCUGCAUGGAGCAAUGGGCCAAAAUGCCAGCAACAGUGUGUGAAAACCUUGCGAAGACUUACAGAAAACGUUUGACAUCUGUCAUUGCCAACAAAGGGUAUAUAACAAAGUAUUGAGAUAAACUUUUGUUAUUGACCAAAUACUUAUCUUCCACCAAAAUUUGCAAAUUCAUUAAAAAUCGUACAAUGUGAUUUUCUGGAUUUUUUUUCCCUAAUUUUGUCUGUCAUAGUUGAAGUGUACCUAUGAUGAAAAUUACAGGCCUCUCUCAUCUUUUUAAGUGGGAGAACUUGCACAAUUGGUGGCUGACGAAAUACUUUUUUGCCCCACUGUAAAUGUUUCCCCUUAAACCACUCAAGUGUUGUUUUAGCAGUAUGCUUAGGGUCAUUGUCCUGCUUGAAGGUGAACCUCCGUCCCAGUCUCAAAUCUCUGGAAGAGUGAAACAAGUUUCCCUCAAGAAUUUCCCUGGAUUUAGCGCCAUUCAUCAUUCCUUGAAUUCUGACCAGUUUCCCAGUCCCUGCCAAUGAAAUACAUCCCCACAGCUGAUGCUGCCACCACCAUGCUUCACUGUGGAGAUGGUAUUCUCGGGAUGAUGAGAGGAGUUGGGUUUGCACCAGACAUAGUGUUUUCCUUGAUGGCCAAAAAGCUCAAUUUUAGUCUCAUCUGACCAGAGUACCUUCUUCCAUAUUUUUGGGGAGUCUCCCACAUGCCUUUUGGCGAACACCAAACGUGAUUGCUUAUUUUUCUUUAAGCAAUGGCUUUUUUUCUGGCCACUUCCGUAAAGUCCAGCUCUGUGGAGUGUACGGCUUAAAGAGGUCCUAUGGAUAGAUACUCCAAUCUCCGCUCUGGAGCUUUGCAGUUCCUUCAGAGUUAUCUUUUUGAUAUCUUUGUUGCCUCUCUUGUUGCCUCCCUGGGCCCUCCUUGUAUGGUCUGUGUGUUUUGGUGGGCGGCCCUCUCUUGGCAGGUUUGUUCUGGUGCCAUAUUCUUUCCAUUUUUUAAAUAAUGGAUUUAAUGGUGCUCUGUGGGAUGUUCAAAGUUCCUGAUCUUUUUUUUAACCCAACUCUGAUCUGUACUUCUCCACAACUUUGUCCCUGACCUGUUUGGAGAGUUCCUUGGUCUUCAUGGUGCCACUUGCUUGGUGGUGUUGCAGACUCUGGGGCCUUUCAGAACAGGUGUAAAAAUACUGAGAUCAUGUGACAGAUCAUGUGACACUUAGAUUGCACACAGGUGGACUUUAGAAGUCACAUAAUUAGUUAAAUAAAGGUAAUUGGUUGCACCAGAUCUUAUUUAGGGGCUUGAAAGCAAAGGGGUGAAUACAUAUGCACGCACCACUUUUUUUUUUUAAACAAGUAAUUUUUUUCAUUUCACUUCAGCGAUUUGGACUAUUUUGUGUAUGUCUAUUACAUGAAAUCCAAAUAAAAAUCAAUUUAAAUUACAGGUUAAUGCAACAAAAUAGGAAAAACACCAAGGGGAAUGAAUACUUAAGCAAGGCACUGUAUAUCAGCAUUUGACAACAGUAUAUUUUGAUGGACUAAACUGUAACUGGCUUUUGACUAGCUGACUGCAAUCCCUCAUUACAGCCCUACCUCUACUCUGGUCAUUUGUGGCAGUCUGUCCUCACGCGCUCUACACCUAAUAGGCAUACUCAGUGCUCAGUCUCAACCAAGUCUAACUUGCCUUUAAUCCAUGCUAUAAUUAAGGUGGAAAAGAAGCCUCUAAAAUCCCUUAUCAGUAUGCCUCUACCAUAUUCUUGCCUGGAGUAUUCUGUACACACUGAGCUGCAAUACAUUUGUCUAUAAUGUCCAGGCCCAGGAAUGAUCUCAGAAUCAAAUGAAAGUCAAAAAUGUACAUGCUACUUUGAUUUGACAUUUGCUGCUGUUAUAUGUUGUCAAAUGAGUUUACUUGAGAACAUUGUAAAUUAUCAUGUGAUUACGUCAGUCUGAGUGUUGUUUCUCACUAUGUGGCUUAGUUAAUAAGGUAAAGUAUGGCAGCAAAAAUAUAAUACCGUAAAUUACAACCUCACUUAAAAACGCAGAAUAUCUUCUGCAGGUUCUGGCAUAAAGAAAUUCAGGUGGUCAGGUUGGUCAAUUACAACAGGAUUACGAUGUCAACAUGACCAGGAUUACGAUGUGAAAAUGUUAGAAUACCAAGAAUCAAUUUAUUGCAUCAAAAUGUAAGAGUGUCCAUAAGUCAUAUCCCACUGGGCACAGACGUCAAUUCAAUCUGUCUAGUUUUGAUUUACAUUUGGUUGAGUUGUCAACCAUUGUGAAAUCAACAAAGAAAAUGGCACCAUGUCAUUGGACUUAGGUUAAAAGUUGGGUGAAAAAAAGAUGAAAUGCCCUUUUGUUAAUUACUUUUUGCAACUCUAAUCAGUUUUCCACGUUGAUUCAACGUCAUCACAUGAUUUGUUUUUGGUUGAAAUGACAUGGAAACAAUGUUGAUUCAACCAGAAAAAAAGGGUUAAUAAAGGCUUUCCCUGUGGACCAGUGUUUCCCAACUCAGUCCUCGAGUAUCCGCAACAGCACACAUUUUUGUUAAAGCCCCAGACAAGCACACCUGAUUUAACUUGUCAACUAAUCAUCAAGCCCUCGAUGAGUUGAAUCAGGUGAGUUUGUCUGGGGCUACAACACAUCUACCACAGCUUCGUGCAGUGCUAGGACAGGAGAUGGGAAACACUGCUGUAGGCUAACCCUUUUUCUGUUUCAAAACACUUUCACCCAACUUCCCUAACCCUCAAGAAACCAUUUAUGAACCCUUCAGUGAAAAGGUUCUACCAGAAACCAAAAUGGAUUCUACCUCGCAACUUUUUUUGAUCAUCGAGGCUGUGUGUAUCGGCUGGUUCACCGCUGAGUGCAUUGUGCGCUUCAUCGUGUCGCGGGACAAGUGUGAGUUUGUCAAACAACCCCUCAACAUCAUCGACCUACUGGCCAUUACACCCUACUACAUCUCCAUCUCCAUGACGAUGCUGACAGGGGAGAACUCCCAGCUUCAGCGGGCGGGCGUCACCCUGCGUGUUCUGCGCAUGAUGCGCAUCUUCUGGGUGAUCAAGCUGGCCCGACACUUCCUGGGCCUGCAGACUCUGGGGCUAACGCUGAGUCGCUGCUACCGGGAAAUGGUGAUGCUGCUGCUGUUUAUCUGCGUGCCUAUGGCCAUCUUCAGUGCUCUAGCCCAGCUGCUGGAGCAUGGCCUGGACCUGGAGUCGCCGAAUGAGGACUACGCCAGCAUUCCAGCCGCCUGCUGGUGGGUUAUUAUCUCCAUGACCACUGUGGGCUAUGGAGACAUGUACCCCAUCACUGUGCCUGGGCGAGUGCUGGGUGGCCUGUGCGUGGUGAGCGGCAUCGUGCUCCUGGCACUGCCCAUCACCUUCAUCUACCACAGCUUCGUGCAGUGCUACCAUGAGCUCAAGUUCCGCUCGGCCCGCUGCACGCGAAGCCUGUCCGCAGAGUUUCUCGACUGAGGGAUCCCUGAUGUCGCUACUCCCCCUGACAACUCUUCAGAGACCUCCAUCCACCCUGGAAGUGUGCAUCGAUCGGAAACAUGACCUCUAUCAUUGGUCUCACACUUUAUUUAACGCAUUUUGUUGAUUUAUCCCUCGUCUUGGAACAUUAGUAUGAGGGUUUAUGUGUUUUGAGGUUUGCAUAUAGCACAGCCUUCUUCAAUAGUCAAUUCCAAAUAGGAAGUAACGGAACCCGAUGGGGACAAGGACUGUUUCCACGGCUGCCAUGGUGACAGUGGUGUUCGAGGCAGAUGUCCCUGACCGGAUGUCAUCGUUGGAGGGCAGCUGGAUUGUGUCAGACCAGACAGAGGCCUUCAUAUUACUGUGGAUUAUACAGAAUUUAGCCAGUCUCACAGUACAACCUUCUUCUCACAUGGCGACAUGCCACAAAAGAGAUUUGAGUUUUAAUGCAAUUUUCAAUCCCACACUUCUGGCAAUGUCACAGUGUGAGGAUGGAAGGUAACAUUUCUCUUCUCUUUCAUCGAUCAUUUAUUUCUAGUGUCCCUGUGGCCAGUCAGUGAACAACAAUGCAUUACCAAGAACCAAAGCGUAUGAGUACAGUGAACACUGUUCCCUUUAAUCUUUCACUUCAACGCUCACGCUUCCCCUUUUCUUUUGCGUAGGCAAACCUGACAAAUAUAAAAACACAACACUUUGUGAAUUUGAAUGAGCCCAUUUACAACUCAAACAAGGUCCCAUUCUAAACCUAUUAACCAUUCCACCUGAAAGCCAAACCAAUGCAAAGUGGUUUUGAAAGGUAUUUUUUCGCAGAAACCAAGAGAGGGGGUGGGAGGGGUUGAACAAGAAAGAGUACAGUACCGUAUGGGUCUGUCAGCUCAGCUGUGUAGGCAGGUCUUUAAUGUGGAACACGGAGCCACAGAGCGAGAGUGUGUCAUGGAGAAACUGGUGGUUCGGCUGACAUCACACAGUGCAGUAAGGAGAGGGCAUGUCUGCCUCAGCCUCGUGAGCGCUGCGGGUCUUCUGACUAGAGGAGUGGAACCAUUUGUGGCUGGUGUCAAAACCUUGGUAGCCUCUUCCUGUCUCAACAAAGGCACUCGGCACAACCACCACAGCCUUGGUAGGCACUCCUCUCAAUGUUGUUGUCUGGCCCACCCGCUUCUCCUCGACACUCUGUCGACGCCAUGUUUGGGUGGCUUGUGUGACGCAUUCGGCCUCCGUUCCUGCCCGAGUGAAUUUGGGUGUCUCUGAAAAGCUUUUAUCAUGCCUUCACUAAUUUCUUUCGUGGGGAAUUGGGAAUGGGGUCAUCGUGUGUUCUCUUCAUAUCAGCCGGCUUCAGGCUACACGACCUGUUAUCACUAACAAGCACCAUCUCUGUUUUUCCCAGAUUGUGCAUAGAUGUGUUUGCUCUAGGACUGGGUUUUCGUGUUCGCUAACAGAAUCUGUAAAUGUAACAUUGUAAAGGGUUUGCUCUCUGAAAAAAACCCAAUCUGUUCUUGACCUCAUUUUAUCUGAAUUCUAUUUUCAACCAAAGCAGUUUUAUAUCUUCCAGAAGCACUUUUUACAGUAGGAGCAGAAAAUUAAAGUUCAUCAAGGUAACGAUUAAUGUAUAUGAGUGUUAUUGUCAGAGUGCUCUAUUUGAUGUGAUAGAUCUUGACUGCAGGGACUCACAGUCUAAUUGUACUAGUGACGCUGGUUCUUUUGACACAGAUUUAGUUCCUUUGCUUUGUCCUCAGUGUUAUAGUUUCCACUAGCUGCAGACAGCCCCAUCUGCUCUCUCUGAUCUACCCCCGCUUUCACUUGGCUGUUUUCCAAACCCAGUAGUCACAAUGCUUUAACUGUGUGGAAUGUUGAUAGGAUACGAUUGAUUAAAACUGUUAUUUCAGAACUUUGGGCAUCAGGGUAUUGGAAGAAGAGAAGGCUUGACUAGACUUAAUCGACUUUGAAAAUGUUAGAUUUGCAUUUAUAUUAGUAUGCAGGAUGGUGUUGUUCAGAGGUAUUGGAAGAAUUGUAUUGCAAGAGCCUGUCAUCUAAGCAUUCCUUCCUAUUCUCACUACAACUUCCCUGGAGGAAAACCAAUUUCAUUAAAACUUCAACAACUCCCAACAGGGGGAGUUUGCAAUUCCAACGGCCCUAAUAUCUCAAUGCCGACGAUGAACUCAAACCAACAGGUGCAAUAUCACACCAAAGAGCCUGAGAGUAAACAACUUGAGUAUUCACUUUGAGAAUGUGAGCAAACAAUGAGUUUUGAACAAGAAGGGAGCUGGCAGCAACAUGUCGCCUAUCUCUGUAAGAGCCUCCUUACCAACAGAAAUCAUUUCCUAUCACUUACUCUUGUCAUCCAUCACACGACAAACAUGGUAUAUUAUCUCUGCUCUGGUUUAUAAACUCAUAGAAAGUCACAUUGCUCCACAGCAAUUAGGACUUGUAUAUCUGACCAGCCUACUUUUCCUUGACAUAAAUCCACAUCAAUCAGUUCUCCCUGGAUUCUACUCCAAUUUAGUGCAAAAUUUCCACCACAUUCAUCAGGGAUUCUAACUGCUACAGAGGUAACUGAGACUCUUAACACCAUUGAUGGGACCACAGGCUGGAGAUUAUAUAACCAUAUUCUGUCCCUCUUCUUCUUUGUCUAUCUUUCUGUCUGCCUGGCUCUUUUUUCUUCUUUCCCUCUCUCUCUCUCUCUCACACACACACACACACACACACACACACACACACACACACACACACACACACACAAAGGUGAGCGUUUUGUGAGUGGUUCUUCUCUUGGAGAGCUCCAUUUUAAUAACAUGGGUAAACAAGAGAGUGGAUUUCACUUGUAUUUUGCCAAUCCAAACUGCACAUAGGUAUAAUGAAAAGUCAGAAAGUUCAUCAUAAAUGACAUUAUGAAUAAAUCAAUUGACACACAAAAAGGGGAUUAUAAAUCAGGCAAUAAAAAACUCAUUUUGAGAAGAUGAAACAUU